GCCGGGGCUGCGCGGCCGUUUCCUGCCCUGAUGCAUGGUGGUCGGACGGAGGGAUUGUUGGAGGUAAAACCAUGUUGCUCGCCCAAAUUAACCGAGAUUCCCAAGGAAUGUCUGAGUUUCCAGGGGGAGGAGGAGAAUCCCAACAUGUUACGCUGUGUCUGACUGAGGCUGUGACAGACAGUGAAAGUAUGGAUACUAUGGACAGUGUCAGCUUACAGGCAGUGACGCUCUCAGAUGGAUCCACAGCAUAUAUUCAGCACAAUUCAAAAGAUGGUAAAUUAACAGAAGGACAAGUUAUUCAGUUGGAGGACGGAUCUGCUGCCUAUGUUCAACAUGUACCCAAGAGUGACAGCCUGCGACUGGAAGAUGGGCAAGCGGUGCAGCUGGAGGAUGGAACCACAGCGUAUAUUCACCACUCCACUAAAGAUGCAUAUGAUCAGAGCUCUCUACAAGCAGUGCAGUUAGAAGAUGGCACGACUGCCUACAUCCACCAUACUGUCCAGGUGCCGCAAACCGAUACCAUCCUAGCCAUCCAAGCUGAUGGCACAGUAGCAGGUCUUCACACGGGAGAGGCUACAAUUGAUCCAGAUACUAUCAGCGCAUUGGAACAAUAUGCAGCGAAGGUGUCUAUAGAAGGCGGUGACACUGUAGGAGGUGGCACACUAAUCACAGAACCAGACCAGGAAAAGAAAAUGCAGGUUGUUUUACAAAGUCACGGUCCCAGAUUGAUUGCCAAACCCCAGCAGAUGAAUGAGAAAGCAUUCCGAUGUGACUAUGAUGGCUGCGGAAAGCUGUACACAACAGCUCAUCAUCUUAAGGUGCAUGAACGGUCACACACCGGGGACCGGCCUUACCAGUGCGAGCACAGUGGCUGCGGAAAGGCAUUUGCAACAGGUUAUGGUUUAAAAAGUCACGUCCGAACACACACCGGUGAGAAGCCAUACAGGUGUUCAGAAGAAAAUUGCACUAAAUCUUUCAAAACAUCGGGGGAUCUUCAGAAACAUAUCCGAACACACACAGGAGAAAGACCAUUUAAAUGCCCAUUUGAAGGCUGUGGAAGGUCAUUCACAACAUCUAACAUCCGAAAGGUUCACAUACGGACGCACACGGGAGAAAGACCAUACUACUGUUCAGAACCGGGCUGUGGCAGAGCUUUUGCUAGUGCAACGAACUAUAAAAAUCAUGUACGGAUACACACAGGUGAGAAGCCUUAUGUAUGCACAGUACCGGGCUGCGAUAAACGCUUCACUGAAUAUUCUAGUUUGUAUAAACACCAUGUGGUCCAUACACACUCGAAACCUUACAACUGCAACCACUGCGGCAAGACAUACAAGCAGAUCUCCACACUUGCAAUGCACAAGCGAACAGCACACAAUGACACAGAACCCAUCGAGGAGGAGCCGGAGAGCUUUUUCGUUCCACAGCCACCUGAUGAUGUCCUGAAAGGUCCUCAGAUCACUUACGUCACAGGUGUGGAAACAGAGGAUGGACUCCCAGCAGCGGUAACUCAGUCUGGACAACAGCUAGCACUUAUUGCCCAAGAUGGGACACAACACGUGGCAAUAGUUGCUCAAGACCUAUCUGCCUUCCACACAGCAUCUGAGCUCAGCCAUUCACAACACAGCCACCACUUAGUGACCUCGGAAAGCAGGCCAGUCACCUUACUGGCCACUUCAAACGGAACACAAAUUGCAGUGCAGCUUGGUGAGCAGCAAUCAUUGGAGGAAGCCAUCAGAUUAGCGUCGAGGAUACAACAAGGUGAAUCUCCAGGCAUGGAGGAUUAACCGUCUGUAGUGCAAUAUGCUAGUUACUUGUGUUAUAUCUUUUAUUAGCAAAACGCUGCCAGUUACAGCAGUUGCUUACUCUGAGGUCAAGCCCCGGCUCUGCAAUAUGGUGUGUAGGACGGACCAUUAUUCUGGUGACAGCUCGGACAGGUGAAUUAAGAGCAUUUGCACAGUCUGCCUGUACAAUAAAUACACGAGUGACCACGGCAAAUAUUGAGAAUUGUACAGAAAUGACAAUUUCAAGGAAAUUGAACUUUAAGAGAAAACAAGGGACAUUGCCAGUAUUUGCUGCAUUUUUUUGACAGAUCCUUCAUUGAAGAUGGGUAUUUGGGAGAAAGAAAAAAAAUAUACUUUUUUUUUUUUUUGGCCUUCACAAUUACCUCCCACAGGCUGACCUAUCCUGGUGUAUUCUUUGUAAAUGAAGAUUGCUACUGCUGAGAGGGUUAAUCCUAUUUUAUCUUUCAAUUCGAUUAUGUAAACACAUAAAAAAAAAAAAACACUCAAAUGCUGGUUAGCCUGGUUGUGAAAUAUUAAAUAAACAGAAAUGUUUCCUCCUCUGUAA